GGUUCUCUCAUUUUGUGGCUAGUUGCGGAAUAUACGGGCGUUGGGUUGGUUGUAAAUACUGUACAUAUUUGUGAGUUAUGAAGGCUAAUCAGUUGUAUGAACUGCAGUUUCAAUAAUUCUAUGCAUAUAAGACGGAAGACAAGUUUCCACUCGUAAAGUUAAUCCAAUAAGUGCCUGAAUUGACUACCCUACUCGGAUUUGUUUAGAGCUUCAGUGGAAUUAUCGUGGAUGGAUAUAUAUUUGAAAUUAUUGUCAAAAAUGAAAAUGACUAAAUAGUAUCUCCAUAAUCAUUAGUGGAAUUUUUAGUGUAUAUUUUCACGCCACACCUUUCGAAGUUUUUGUUUUGUUGAUAAUCAUAUACUGUUUAAUGUUAGGUUUAUAUUUAUCGUACUUAAAAUACAGUCUUGGUAAAAUCCAAGUAUCUGAGAUGCUGAUUAGACUCGUGACACCAUUAACGAGUCUGUUCUGCUGUAUAGGUUAAAACGAGUUCUAUCACUUCCUUGUUAACUACCAGUUGCUCCUCGUAUGAAGCUACUGCGGGUAACGUACGGUGUAUAUAGUACAAGCUCGAUAUGUUCCCCGCGUUGUUGGCAGCAUUCGUGAACGAAUAUUCUCCAGAUUCUGAUUUCAAAAGACGAUCAUUUGGUGCUAUUGGUCAGGUCCUUGUAAUUUCAUUCCGUAUACUCAUCGUUAUAUUAACACGUAACCAAACUAUCAUGGUUUACGUAAACUAAUGUAAUGUAGUAUAGUGGGCUAGGCCUAUGAGUGGUUUAUUGCCAGUGAAGCAUAUACCUGCAGAAGUAUACUCUACGUUAUAUCACAUUCUACCAACAAUAUCAAGUCGAAAAACUUCCACUGUACUGAUAACCCUUUCUUGUUUAAAUCCUCGCUUACCAGGACUUUAUUAACUUAUGCUAUAAGUAUCUUCGUAGACAUAAACUGAAUAGACGGAAACCUUUUUCCUUUUAAAUAAACUUCGAAAUAGUUAGUACGGAAACUUUGGAGAAUGAUUGUUGUUUAACAUCAAAUUCCUCAUAAACACACACUAUCGCAGCAACAAAGCCUAUGUAACGUCUUUACUUGUACACCUCUCCAAGUGAGACGUAUCGGUGGCAAGACGAAGGAAAUAAAGUACCAUAGGGUGCUGUGACAAAGUAUUGCCAAAAUCAGGAGGAUUAAGAACCCAGUCUACACACCUGCAAUAAAAUUCGAGUUCUAGUUGUGUUUUUCGGGGAUACCUACCUUCAAAGACCUAUUUUGGACAGUACAGUUGUAAACCAACCCUAACUUGAUGUGAUUGUGUCUGUUAUUCAUGCCCAAUGUAGAAUCCGACUUGUCCAUUGGCCUAAGUUGUGAUCACGAGAGAUGUUCAACUUUUUUUAGGGUUGGUGAUCGAGACUUGCUUGAUAGAUAUAUUCUCUUGACUUUAGCAACCGACAGAUCUACCGAAUUUUUUAGAGAACAACGCCUCACGUAUUUUAUUUUACUCCUAGGUUUCCCGUAAACUUGUCAUGCUUGAUAAGGGAUUAUAAAAUCACUGUUUUGUCCAGACCGCGAUAGUAUAGCGGUCAGUUAACAGAUAAUCAAGAAAUAUUUGAAUCACUAUCCAAUGAGUUAUGGAUGUUGUCUAAGGCACAUGUUCUGAAUUUUCUCAACGUCUUUCUUUUUUCAACAAAGUCUUUGUUAACUACUUAUUUAAAUCAGUUCAUGUCCUAAAAGCUACUGACUAGUCUUCGUUCAGACCUCGUAAGUAAUAGCUACAAACUGAUAAUUGGUUGGACUCCACCAGGUUUGUGGUAGAAUUCAGAUCAACAUAAGUCUAGUGUAGUCUUCAAGGUACCUUGACCAAGGUAGGUCGACUUUUAAGAUGCUUCUAGUCCAACUUCUUUAGAUUAAGAAAUAGAUCCAACUGGUAGCCAAAGCUUAUAUUGUCUAACAGGGUAAUGAACAGGAGCGAAAAUGUUCUUUUAGGGGAUCUGUAAUGUGUCAUCUCAUGCUUUUACUUUCUGUAAAACGCUACUGUCACAAAGACCAUUAAACUAUAGCUUUAGAUUUAUUUGACAUCCAGUUCAAUUGUGCUCUUAUAGCUGAGAUAAAACUAGCCUUCAAACUAAUAAUGAUUCGUGGUGCUGUUCCGUCAUUUUUAUCCUUGAACUAUUGUUUGCCUUCUGUAGCAACAUGAUGUAAACAAUUCUGAGGUCCGGCGACUAGUGUUUAGACUUGACAGACAGACAGUAACAACGUAGGACUGUCUAGAAUUGGCAGAAAAAAAAGAAUUAAUAUAGUUGAAUAAAGCCCCAUGGAUCGCCCAGAAAAGUUACUUAAUCAAACCUCAGAGACACUGAUGGCUGGACUAAGUCGUGUAGAAUUUCGUAAUUAAAAUCUUAAAUCCGACACCAAGUGACAAGAUUCAAAAUUAGUUGCUUCAGUUACAUUUAGCCUUUUUUAACCUUUAUGUAUUAAUAUUCAUUACUCUUCACUUCCUGACUGCAUUCGUUUCUCAUUGCCGUUAAUACUGUUUGAAAUCAUAUGUCUCUCUUGUGAUCAGUUUCAUCGCUGUACUGACGUGAAAUCGCGACGUUUUUUAAUUCAUUUCUGUUUCAAUUUUUUUUUGUUACUGUGCCUAGAUAUCACUGAUAAGACAUCAGCAUGCUAAAUAGGUGUAUGUUGAACUAUUCAACGUCACCCUUGUUGGCUUUAAUUCUUGGAGACCGAAAGUUUUCCGGUUGUAAAUCGUCUUUCUGAAAUGUACCUUUGGCCAUUCCUGGUUCGGAAAGUUCCGUAUAAUUUUUCAGGAUAUCUGUAGUACAUGGGUGGCACAGAUAUUUGUCUGAUACAAUCUCAAUUCUAAUAAUGGGAUUUUAAAUCAAAUACUAAGAUCGCCUUGUAGCUCGUUCACUGAAAUGACCAGAUUUUUAUGGUUUUAGAAUCCCUAUUCCAAGCAGGUCUCAAGUUUGUAUCAUCUAAUGCAUCAUCCACUGACUCUUCUGAUAUAUCUAUACGAGUUUGUUUAUGUUUACACACACAGACUUAUGAAUAUCUGAUCAUUGUUUACAAAUCAAAGUUGAUGGGGACUAGUUAUCUUAAGCUAUCUCACCCUUCACACUUUAUUGAGUUACGCUGAUAGGUUAACCUAAAUAUUCUGAGUAUAGAGUAAACAAAGCUUUAUGAUUACAUAUUAGUCCUAUUCGUCACAUUAUAUCACAGGAAACCAGCGGAAAAAGCUGAAGAAAUGGAAAUAUUGAUGUAGAAAUUAAGUGUCUUCAUGAAAAAGAUGUUCUCAAAAUAUAUCCGGGAUAUUAUGUUCUCUCCAGGACUGGUCAAAUUAGCAUUUGUGAAAGUAGUAGUUUACGCUCCAUUUGAUACUGCCACCAUGUUUUGAUCGAGUAGUCUACGCUUUUGUUGCAAUCUGAUGGUAUUCCUAUCAGCUUUGCACAUAUAAGCAUGAAUGUGUUAUGUGUCGCAUUGUUGUGUGAUGUUCAUAACCACACUUUCUUACAUCCCCUUUACUUUUUGUCCGUUUGUUGUAUUAGUUGAUAUUAAUAAGCUAUGUAUCAUAUACUUAAGAAACUUACACUGUCUCAAGACGAUGUUUAGAUUCUUCGAUCUUCAUCUUUUAAAGCUCUUUACAAAACCAUGUUACGUGAUAAAUAUCAAGGUUAAGCCAGUGAUCAAAGCGCUUGGUUAUCAACCACUAUGUCGCAGAAUCUGGCGUCUGUCUGUUUAGAUUUGGGCAGCCCGAUAGUAUGUCUAGAUCUCACACAGAGAAAUUCUGGUUCAAUAUUUGUUCAUGAAACGGUAUUUCGUAAUUCACUCAUUAAGUUUCAAAUAAGAAUAAACUAAUAGCAUCCAGCCACAAUCCUCAUAGAACUUACUACUGGGUGUUAUGGUCUUCUGACUUAUUUUUCGGGACGUUUGUGUGUAUUUGUCGAAUCCCUUUUCUGAUGACAGUUCAAUAAUAUGGAGAGUUGCUGCUAAUGUUUACUAUGUAGCUAAAAUGUAUUGGAAUAACGUCUUUUAAGGUCUUGAUUUCUCAGUUAUUUCUUUUUUGGGUUCGAAUCAAGUUCCUCUUACCACCUUUGUCAUUUAUUCAUUAACUUCAGUAGGUCUUCUUAUUUUUGUAGCCCCAUUUGAGCUUUGGCUCUACUACCUGUGUACAUACUUGGGAUUGGUGAGGGUAUCAAGUUAACACAUGUCAGCUGAAGAGGUGGCUCGUGUUACUCCAGACUUGACAGGCUUGUUAUCUACUUCAAUACCACCCCCGGGAUUUUCAGUUGUCGGUUCCACAACUUCAUUGGGUGAUUUGACAAUAACUACUCCAGGUCCCAGUUCCAUUAACUGCAAAUCGCUAAGCAUUGGUUAUCCUCCUCAUUGGCCUGCUGCACUCAUGGCGCUUCUCAACUCCCUGAUGCACUCUGUCUAACCGAUGAUGAUGCACUUGAUAUAGCCGCCAACUGUGCUAAUUCUACGGGUGUAUGCUUAGAUAUGCAAACAAAAGAGAACAUUGAUGAUUGUAGUUCUGACUUGCCCCACCACUUUCACAAUCUAUCCAUAAUCGGUUCUUCUCGGGCUAACCAGAUAUGGGCUGUUGGUGCAGAGCGCCGGAUAAGUACAACACCUGGAAGUGAUACUGCUGGGGGAAGCAAUUGCAGUUCUGGGCUGCUUUCUUGUUUCGGAGACUCACAUUGUAGUGUUGGUUCAGGCAAUUUCAGUGCCAACGGAGUAAAUUACAAUAGCGCAGCCAGUGGAGAGGCUCAUUCGUUUGCGGGUAGUGGAGUCACUGGGGACAUAACUCCUCUACCUGGACAGCUUGGGCACCUCACUGCCUCCAAUGGAUCAGCUGUCCCCGGAAGGUUAGAGAACCAGCACUCGCAAGAAAACGCUAAUAUGGCACCAUUUGAUUUGUUAUCUAUCUGGGAACCUCGCCAAAACAAUUCACAUCACGUUUGGUUACCUGAUCCUUCACAGGAUCCAGUCACAGCAAAUACAACCGUAGGAAAUUGCGCUACCACCGGAAAUGAUUGUCCGGAAGAACAAGAUAAUCAUAACCAUUUAGGUUUAGGAAUUGAUAAUGGAGCCGAAAAUGAAGUGCUUCCAUGGAAUUGGGAUACAGCUUGUGGUUUAGCGAAUACAACUUCAUGGCGUGAUUUGUUUCCCGAAUGUAAAGACUCCGAACCGAUUAACUUACCGUAUAACAACUCAGAAAAUGAUGGUAUAAACCAUUCAAAUGCACCAGAGUUUGGAGCUCAUGCACCUUCAGGUCUGUGGUCAUCAUCCAUACACAACGUUACAUCAUCUAUGUCAAUUUCAGCAUCAUCGCCUCUGAGCACGCAACCUACCAUUCUUUUCGGGUCUGCAAUGGGCCUCGUAUCAGAAUCUAAUGACAUCGAUACCUUACAACAUUCACACCGAGUUCUUCAAGAUCAGUCUGACGCAUAUAAUGACGUUACAAUGCCUAGAUCAAACGCCUCGUUGUUUGCACAACCUAAUUCUACUUUGAUCAAUCCUCGUUCGACUGCUUUUCGUGGCUCAUCAGUGUCCAAUUCUGAUUUGAAUUCCAUGUCCGAUACCAUUACAUCAAAUCUGUUCCCUUUGCCUUCAAGUACAGCCAUGCCAAAUUCAUUGCUUGCUAUUCCUCCACUGUUUCUUUUCGGUCAGUCAGCUGAGUCUGAGUGUUCAGGACUUAUCACACCUUCAGCAAACAUCACUACUUUACCAGCAUCAUCAACACCUCUUCAAAUUCCUGGUUCCUUUGUCGGUGGUCAAGGUUCUGCUUUUGGACCACCCUUUCAGCUAAGUGAGGCUCACAUUAUGAAUGAUAUUUAUACAAAAUAUCCAGGUAUUUUGCCGCCACCUGGCUUGUGUGCUGUUAGUUCACCUUCAUCGAGUAAUUGUGCUACACCAACUUUACCAUCAGCUGCAGCCGCAUCAGCCACAUCUUCAGUUUCUCAGUUACCACCAGGAAAUUUCGAAGGGAAUCCACUUUGUGAAUCCACUGUUGUAAACAAUAAUAAUUUUCCAUUUGGUUAUAAUAUGCCGCCCACAUCUCAACUAAAUAUGAUGGAUCCACAAUCAAUGGCUAUGGCUAUGACACUUUUUAUGUCACAAGGAGGUGCAGCUAAUAAUAAUAACAGUAAUAAUAGUCAAAUUCCUCCACCACUUUCACAAGCACCACAAUGGAAUCAUGUUGCAUUUAUGAUCAUGCAACAAUUAGCUAAUGGUAUGGCAAACAAUCCAGGCUGUGUUGUAUCAUCGACUCCGAAUACAGUUAUUGAUAAUAUUACACCAUCUGCAAAUGGCAAUAAUAUCGUAGAUCAAUCUCGUCUUGCUGCCGGAGCUUUUGCUUUUUUCCAAGCUCAACAACAGUUAAUGAAUGCUGCACAACAACAACGACAUAGCACUGCUCUUAGUGGUGGUAGCGUUGUAUCAAAUAACUCUUCAAAUUGUAUUGCUCCAACUGUCACUUCGUCGACACCCCUAGUUUCUCCGUUCACAUCUAGUAUCGUCACAAAUCCAUCUAAUUAUUUUGGAGGCUUGUAUUCUUCCGGUUCAGUUGUUGGUGGAUUAAAUCCGGGCAACUUUUCGAUACCUAAUGGAAUAAAUCUACUACCACCAGUUGGUCUUCUACACCCGGAAGCAAGUGGUAGUCCAAACUCAGUGGCUGGAGAUGUAUCUAGUUACAGUCGCAUGCCCAUUUCGCAACCCCCUGGAGCUUUAGCCGUUAGCAUGCAUAUUUCGCCAACAUCACCAUCAGGACUUCAAAGACCUCCUUUAUCUGUUUCAACUGGGUUCUCAUCAGCCACACCAUAUCCAUUCAAUUUCGAUGCAUCGAUGCAUAAAAAUCGUGCUUUUGCUGCCGCCUUUGCUGCUGCAUCGGGUGUGGCUGUUACUGCUACCCCACCACCUGGCAUGGGUCCCAACCCUAAUCUUCGACCUACUGGAGUGAACCAUCCGGCCCUCUUAGGAACUAGAGCUCCAGUUCCACCACCCCUUAUGCCUGUAGUUACUGGUCGUAGUCCUGGUCUACUAUCUGCCGUACAUUCUCAAACUGUUCAACAAAGUCCAAAUUAUGCUGCUGCUCUUCAAUCACACCAAAAUAUCAACCAGCGACUUCCAGCCCCUUUACUUUCACCACUUCCUUUGACUUUAUCUGGUACUGCUUCAUCAAGGCCUAGUUCGGUUGUUGGUGUGAACAUUACUACAUCUACUCCACUCGUUGUUACCACUGUGUCUAGCCGAAGUCAACUUUUGGAAGAUUUUCGAAAUUCAAGUGCACGGUUCCAACACAUGCAUCUGUCAGAGUUACGUGAUCAUAUGGUCGAAUUCGCCCGUGACCAACAUGGAUCUCGAUUUAUACAACAGAAAUUAGAGACCGCUACUACCGCUGAAAAAAAUUCAGUCUUUAAUGAAAUACUACCACAUUCUGGAAAGCUAAUGACUGAUGUAUUUGGCAACUAUGUGAUACAAAAGUUUUUUGAAUUUGGAACAAAAGAGCAAAAAGAACUGCUCUCUCAACGUUUACAAGGUCACGUCGUUGAGUUCGCUACUCAAAUGUAUGGUUGUCGUGUUAUACAAAAAGCAUUAGAAUCUGUACCAGCCGAGGCAAAAAUACACAUAGUUGGUGAACUGAGACCAUUUGUAACACGGUGUGUAAAAGAUCAAAACGGGAAUCACGUUAUUCAAAAAUGCAUUGAAUGUGUUCCACCUUCAGAACUUGAUUUUAUUAUUUCAGCUUUUCGUGGUCAAGUGGUUUUACUUUCAUCGCAUCCCUAUGGUUGUCGAGUUAUUCAGCGCAUUUUGGAACAUUGCCUACCGGAACAAACACGUCCUAUUCUUGAUGAACUACACAAAGGUGUGGAACAUUUAGUCAAAGAUCAGUACGGCAACUACGUCAUUCAACAUGUUUUAGAGCAUGGUUCAAAUGAGGAUAAAUCACGUAUUAUUCAAAAUCUACGUGGUCGUGUAUGUGCUUUAAGUUCGCAUAAAUUUGCAUCGAAUGUUAUGGAGAAAGCAAUUGCCAACGCUGCACCAUCUGAAAGAGCUGUAUUAAUUGAAGAAAUUUUACAUCCAAUUUCUAAUGUGAAUAUUAAUGGAGACACCUCGUCAGUAACAACUAAUAACAUCUCUUCAUCAUUAGUUGAUAUGAUGAAAGAUCAAUAUGCAAAUUAUGUAGUUCAACGUAUGCUAGAAUUAGCUGAUACUGAACAACGUCGUGUAUUAAUUAAUCGAAUCCGUCCUAUGCAAAAUGUUCUACGCAAAUUUAAUUAUGGCAAGCAUAUUAUAGCUAAAUUGGAAAAAUAUAACAAUGUGGCCGGGAAUAAUAACACUACUGGAAAAAGCUCAUCUGCAAAUAAUAAUAAUAACAACAGUAAUAAUAAUACAACUAAUAAUAACAAUACUAAUUUAUCAGUUUCAAAUAAUUCUUCCACCAAUCAUGUUUCUAAAACUUCAAAUAAUAGUAAUAAUAAUAACGGCACUGGUAACAACAAUGGCAGUUGUAAUAACACCAACAAUAGUAAUAAUAGUGGGACGCCAGCAGUCAGCAAAUCGGCUGGUUCGAACUCUGAAAGUAAUGGUAUGACUACAUUACAACAAAACGAUUCUUCUACUAACACCACAGCAACAACAACUACGCACAAAUCAUCAAAUGACAAAGCUAAUCAUCGCACGUAGAGUUUGUUUCUAUUGCAACUACAAUAAUCUGUGUUGCUUUAUGCUACUACUACAGUGUAACGACGAACAGGGAUAAGUGAAUUGGAGCACCGUUUAUCAUUAAUUUCUUAUUUUCCCAUAUUCUAUAUACAUUUAUUAGUUUAGUUUUGUCUCUUCAUAUAUAUAUAUACCAUUUGUGGAUUGUUAUAAUUCUCUCAUUUUUUGAACAUUUUUCUUCAACAACCAGUCGUUUGUCUCUGUCGUUACAUAAUGUAUACUAACUAGCUUUGUUUUUCCUGUCUUUAUUGUAAAGAACAACACAACACCAACAAUACGUUAUGCUUCAUGUCAUUUUAGUAUUCAUUAAUUCAGUGUUUGCAAUCGCUUUAAACUACUACUUGCACAUCACUAGUUAUUCACUAUCAUCAUAAGCAGCACACAUCUUUUUGACAUAAGUUUUCUGAUACAGAUCGCUUCAUAGACAGUAGUAGCUUAAAAAUUCCCCCAUUUUUUGUUUAUUUAUUUGUUUGUAAAUGUCUCUUGGCUGAAUACAUUGAACUUUGUGUGUGUGUGUGUGUGUAGGUUUCAUUGUGAUAUGAACAAAGCAUUAUCUCUUAGUUUUAGUUUAAGCUUUUGGUUCAGUGCUUAUUCAUGUUAUUCACGUAGUGAAAGCUACUCUGUAUCUAUCUAUAUAUAUAUAUAAAUGUAAAUGUAAAUUUUGUUAUACAACUAGUCCCCUCUGUUUGUCUGCCUGUUUCUUCAUUCUCAAUUUGUUACUGUUGAUACAUAUA